AGCGUGCUGAGGCCGGAGGUGGAGGCGCGGCGCCGGUGAGUAUUGUCUUAAAUGACCUCACAUCUUUGGCCACUGGUCCUGGGCCAAGAUGGGCCAGUCAGGUUCCUUACCCAGAACUUUUUUGAACUGAGAUUGAGAAAAAAAGAAAAUCCCUCUCCAGUGUGGAAGCCAUAAAAUGUAAAACACAGGAGCUGUCAGCAGCCACAUGUCCUAUCAUAUGGAACCAACUGGUCUGCAGUGAAAAAGAAGCCGACGUGCAGAAAGCAGCAGAGAACCAUGAGUGCUCAGUACUGCAUCUCCUUUGCUGAUGUUGAAAAAGCUCAUAUCAACAUUCGAGAUUAUAUCCACCUUACACCAGUGCUAACAAGCUCCAUUUUGAAUCAAGUAACAGGGCGCAAUCUUUUCUUCAAAUGUGAACUCUUCCAGAAAACUGGAUCUUUUAAGAUUCGUGGUGCCCUUAAUGCCAUCAGAGGCUUGAUUCCUGCCACUUUAGAAGAGAAGCCCAAAGCUGUUGUUACUCACAGCAGUGGAAACCAUGGCCAGGCUCUCACCUAUGCUGCCAAAUUGGAAGGGAUUCCUGCUUAUAUUGUGGUGCCCCAAACAGCUCCCAACUGUAAAAAACUGGCAAUAGAAGCCUAUGGAGCCUCUAUAGUAUACAGUGAACAAAGUGAUGAGUCCAGAGAAAAUGUUACAAAAAAAAUUAUGGAACAAACAGAAGGCAUCAUGGUACAUCCCAACCAGGAACCUGCAGUGAUAGCUGGGCAAGGGACAAUUGCCCUGGAAGUGCUGAACCAGGUUCCCUUGGUGGAUGCACUGGUGGUACCUGUAGGAGGAGGAGGAAUGGUUGCUGGAAUAGCAAUUACAGUAAAGGCUCUGAGACCUAGUGUGAAAGUAUAUGCUGCUGAACCCUUGAAUGCAGAUGACUGCUACCAGUCUAAACUGAAAGGGGAACUGACCCCCAAUCCUUAUCCUCCAGAAACCAUAGCAGAUGGUGUCAAAUCCAGCAUUGGCUUAAACACCUGGCCUAUUAUAAGGGACCUCGUGGACGAUGUCUUUACUGUUACAGAGGAUGAAAUUAAGUAUGCAACCCAGCUGGUGUGGGAGAGGAUGAAACUACUCAUUGAACCUACAGCUGGUGUUGGAGUGGCCGCUGUGCUGUCUCAGCAUUUUCAAACAGUUUCCCCAGAAGUAAAGAACAUCUGUAUAGUGCUCAGUGGUGGAAAUGUAGAUUUGACUUCCCUAACUUGGGUGAAGCAAGCUGAAAGGCCAGCUUAUCAAUCUGUUUCUGUUUAAUUUAUGAAAAGAGAUGGGAUACAGUGUUGUUAGAUACUUGGAAAUUUGGUUUCCUAGUCACUGUCAACUCUCCAUCUUCCCCUCUUAAAACAGUUAUCAAAAUCCUAAUGGAGAGUGGAUGUAUUGGACUAAGUAGUAGAAAAACUUCCAUACUCAACUGAGACACCUCAUCAAGGCCAAGAAGUCUCUUACAAAAAAGGGUAGCAGACUUACAGGCUAAAGUAGAAAAUACAGACUUUGCCCUAUCACAGCCUAUAGGCUCCCAUCCCCACAGCGCUAACCGGCAACAGUAAAACAGAAUCCAUUUGAAUUAGUUACUCCAUGUCCACUUCAAGCACUGUUGAAGAAAUCUCGCUUUUCAUCCAAGGUACUGGGUCUGGUACAUAUGGAUCGUAAGUCCAUUUGGGGAAAACGCGUUUAUAGAGGUUCAUCAGUACUGUGUCCUGAGAUUUUAGCUUCCCAUCAAAACUGCACUUCAUGUGGCCAUGGGUACCUGGAAAGAAAAAGGGCAAGUUGGUCAAAUUAAAAGUAGAAAAUUUUAGGGCCAGCCUGUGGCUCACUCAGGAGAGUGUGGUGCUAAUAACACCAAGGCCACAGGUUCGGAUCCCAUAUAGGGAUGGCCGGUUUGCUCACUAGGUUGAGCGUGGUGCUGACAACACCAAGUCAAGGGUUAAGAUCCCCUUACCGGUCAUCUUUUUUUAAAAAAAAGUAGAAAAUUUUAAAGCAGUGAACUCCCAACCCAACUGUCAUUUAGUAAUACUGGGGAAAUCUAGACAAGGUCCUAAAUCCCACAUUCUCUUACCCACAGGCUCCUUGAUGUGUCCCCUGCGGCCCCACUUUGUUCUCAGUUCCACUGGUUUAAACCACAGCACAUCCUCUUAUAAUAGAACAUAUAGAAUACCAAGAUGAAAUAUUUUACCACAAAAUGUAAACCUAACAUUCAUACCACAAAGACAAUCAAAUCCCAUCCUCCUCCUUCAUACCUACCUCUGUUGAAGAACAUGUAACGCACUACUGCCAUCUUAGUAAAAAUUUUGAAAGGAUGACCACUGAGAACAACUCUCUUGAUGACCAUUCUGUCUGGAUCCACUGACAACAGAUGGCCUGUAGCAAUGAGGUUGUACAUUCCUAAGGAGCAAACACAAAGCAGCUGUUCAGCAGUCUAUAGGCCAAAGCCUUCAUUUAUUGCUCCAGUCCAUUUAAUAAAAAACCUAUUCAGGGGCUGGCCCGUGGCUCACUUGGGAGAGUGUGGUGCUUAUAACACCAAGGCCACAGGUUCAGUUCCCAUAUAGGGAUGGCCGGUUAGCUCACUGGGUGAACAUGGUGCUGACAACACCAAGUCAAGGGUUAAGAUCCCCUUACUGGUCAUCUUAAAAAGAAAAAAAAAAUUUUUUUUUAAAAAAAGACCUAUUCAAGAUUUUCUUGGAGAAACCUUAAAGUAGCAAUGCACUAUGCUGCCUUCCUGGGUCCAUGGCAAAGACCACUAAAAGAUAUUCCUGCUGAACCUGUCCCCAGAACCAAUCCUAAAUAUAGCACUCUAAGGUUUGCAAGUAAGAUAAAACCCAGUUUGUCACCCCUCCCUUAGACCCACUGUGAGGCUGUGAUUAGUAUAUUUUGAAAACCAUCUCCAUUGGUAUGGAGGAGAAUUUCAUCUUUUCCAUGCCAUUUGGCUUCCAAAUUGAAGAGAAAAUAGUGUUUCUCCUAUCAAGAACCCAUAGGCCUGUUCACCUGUGUGAACUAAACUUACCAUUGCUUUUCUGCUUGAAAAGCAGCACAGAUGCAGGAGGAAAAGUGAUUGGCGCAUAUACUGUCACCACCAGGGCCACAUCAGCAGUCAGGAAUCUCUGAAAUUUAUGUUUAUCCGCUGUCAUAGUAAAGAUUAAAAAAAAUAAAAACCAAAAACAUUUUGAGACACCAUAGGUAAUCCAGAGGCCUGUGAAAAGCUGUAUUAGUGCAACUCUUAAAGCUAAGGCAGCUUAUGUUUCCUUACCCAACUAUUUCUCAAAAAUUUUUCCUGCCUCAUUACAACUGAAAGAUUAGGGCCAGCCCAUAGCUCACUUGGGAGAGUGUGGUGUUGUUUACACCAAGGCUACGGGUUCGGAUCCCUAUAUAGGGAUGGCUGGUUAGCUCACUUGGGAGAGCAUGAUGCUAACACCACGUCAAGGGUUAAGAUCCCCUUACCGGUCAUCUUUAAAAAAAAGAAAAAAGAUAUAACCCAAUCUUAUCAGUACUUUUUCAACAAGAGGCAGAAUCUUAGAGCCCAGCUUGGACUAUAUUUGAGAUCUGAAAAAGUUCUCCGGGUAAUUCUGAUAUCCAUCACACCUACCUCAUUUGAGAAUCAGGGCUUUAGAAAGAGUAUUUCCACUAAAUCAACAGCUCUUAGUCUAAGCAGGGAUUAGAAACACUUACUGUAAAGGGCCAGAUAGUAAAUACUUUAGGCUUUGCAGCCACACAAUUUCUGUUCCAACUACUCAACUCUGCCAUUGUAGCACAAGAGCAACCAAGAAGAUACUUUUUUUUUUUUGGUGGCUGGCCAGUAUGGGAAUCCAAACCCUUGACUUUGGUGUUAGAAGGCUAUCCUCUAACCAACUGAACUAACCGGCCAGCCAAGACAAUACAUUUUUUUAAAAAAGCAUGACUGUGUUCCAAUAAAACUUUGUUUACAAAAACAAACAGAUUUGACCUAAAAGCCAUAGUUUGCUGACCCCCAAUCUUGAGGACUAUCUGGAGCUUCUGUUUUACUUUCAAUGUAACCCUCACCCCCUUUUUUAAUACAAAAGUUAUAGGAAAAUAAAAUAUUCUAAGGGAAUGAGGAAUUAAUCCCUCAUUUAGAUAGUAUGGUUGGUGAGAAUAAAAAUUAUCCACAGCACCAUUAAUACUGCUUCACCUUCCUCCUGCCACUGCUGAGAGCUGAGUGAGCUAAGAGUUACUUAAGGUUAUAUUCAGAAACCCCCAAAUUAGUGGGCAACACAUCUUCCUACUCCUAAUAUGUAGAAGUACAACCAUUCUUGUCACAAGUGUCCCUGGUCAUCACUCUCCAAAUUCUAAUCGAAUCAUCAACAUCUCAGAACCCAGACCUCUCUGCUUUACCCAACUGUGGGUCACACCCAGCCUCCAUUUCCUUCCACCCUCACUGCCACUGGCACACCUGAUGCCAAGGUUCCACACUCUGACACACCCUUUUUAUAAAGCUGCCAACUUCUAUUCAAAACCUACUCAUGGCAGAGAAGCCUCAGCAUCACACAGAAGUUGCAUCACUGGCAUGCUUCAGACAGGUUCAGACAUUUUGAAUAAAAACAUCAUUGGCUCCUAAGCCAGAGUACUAAAAAUACCUCUAACUCAGAGAUCUAAGAGUUUGAAACUAUGUAUUCUGCCCCUCUCUACCAAAAGUCACAGUCUCCCAAAGGACAGUAAGACGGACAAGAAGAGAGGAUUUACCACUGCUAACCUGCAGUGUGCUGAGAGAAUAAAGGUGAGGCUCGGAAGCGCCUGAAUCCACAGUGGAAGAUCAGCUCCUCUUUGGCUUUCACAGGUUCCGUGUUGCCAGGGUUCCGUUUCACCACCAUAUUCAAUACUGACAUCUGGGGAACAAAUAACAAAAGAAAACUUCAUAGUCUAGGAAUAUAACAGCCUGAAAGAAAGCAAACCAAUGUUCAGAAUCACUUUAAGAACAGGCAGUGCUAAUUAAUGGAACAGUAUGGAUGAUAUACAGAUUCAUCCUUUACCUCCACCAACUAGCAUUUGAGCCAAACAUAGGCUGAUCAGCGCUUUCAUAUACCCUUCUUUUAUGCUAGCUUACCCUCCUGCAUCUAACAUAAACGAGCUCAACAUCUGCCACAAAAUCAGUGUCCUUCAAGUCAUUCACUCACAGCUUACUUCAAAACCACACUAAUUCAAGUCUUUUCUUCUCAACCCUUACCUACACUGACCAAAGGCCAGAGGUGUCACAUACCCUCAACAUACACAACUAUUGGCCAACAAGAGAAAAGAGAUCUGCAUCUUGGCAUAAACCUUCUUUAUUUUUAAGGUUGCCAACACUUUUUCAAAAUCUGAUCUGAAAAAAUACUUAAGUCUCAGAACCACACAGAGACUGCAUCACUGAGAUGCAUCAGACAGGUUCAGACAUUUUGGGUAAAACCAUCAUUGACUUCUCUAUUAUUCUCUGAUUCCUAAUCAGAAAAGCAGAAUUUUCACAUCCCAAAAUGUAAAGUCACAUAAAUAGAAUUUUAAUAAAAUAGAAUUUUAAGACUUUUCUGAAGAGGUUGGAAAGUUUCAUAAUUCCCCAUCCCCUACAAGACACUAAUUCACCUUCUGUUCAUGAGGUAGUAAAGAAAAUGCAAUCAAGGGUGCUCCUCGCCUGAAGUACUCAACCACUGAGACAGGGACUUCAGAGACAUGAAGUAUGACAUACCAGCCAACCUGACAGAAGCAAGCAGAAAACAAUCACAGGGUUACUCUUAAGGUCCCAAUAAUCAUGAAGCAUUUCUCCAAAUGUGUCAAGUCUCUCAGGUAACUCUCAAUCCAACCUUUACCCUUCAAGAUUGCCUUUUACAGAUGCCUCCACCACCCAGACUCAACUUUUUUAGUUAACAUCUCUGAUAUCUCUGUUCCUAGUAUCAUUCUUAUCGAUGACUCAGUGGCUCCCCUAAUUCAGCUAUGGGCAGCACAAAACGUACUCAUUCUCAUGCCACGAGAAGAAGUAAAAUAGGGAGCACUGUAGCAAAUGAAAGCAAAUUAUAGGAUGGACAAGGGAAGGUAGAUACCUCAGCUCCUUCAAUCUCUUUUUCCUCAACCUCUUUAAAAAUACUUUUUCUAGUAGUAGUGAAAUUCUGAAACUGAAAGAUCCGAGCAUAAUCUAGAGGAAGGUUUUCCUUAGGAUCCCAUGGAGAUGUCCGGAAGCUCUUGAGGCCUCUGUAUUUCUGAAAUCUAGAAUGUAGGAGAUUUUAAAGAAAUUAACAGAUUUAUGUGGUGCUACAUUAAGAUUUGAGUUACUUCUAAAAUGGCUAAGGCUCUAGCUUAAAAGAACUCUAAUUACUACGUUUCAGAAUAACCUAACAGCUUAAACCAAGAUCACUCUCCAAAACAGCUUGUAACAAGCAUUUCACAACCAAAUCCAAGCUUCUCACUGACAAAGGACAAAGUACUUACAGUGGCUCCCCAGUGCCUGUCAAGGAGUGGCUCUUUAACCUGACACACAAGAUCCUUGGUAAUAGCCUUACCAGUCUUUUUUUUUUUUUUUUUUGUCUUUUUCGUGACCGGCACUCAGCCAGUGAGGGCACCGGCCAUUCCUAUAUAGGAUCCGAACCCACGGUGGGAGAGUCGCCACGCUCCCAGCGCCGCCACGCUCCCAGCGCCGCACUCUCCCGAGUGUGCCACGGGCUCGGCCCAGCCUUACCAGUCUAAUAUCCAACAUAAACUCUCUAGUUUUAGUCAGACUUGUUUCCAGAGCAUACAUGAUCAUCUACAUCUUCAUGCUUUUACUUUUGCCUUUCUACCCAAACCCCCCAAAAUCUCCAAACAAUUAAGUAUUAGCUCCUGUAGGAAGUAUAUGCUAAUUAUCUUUAAUAUUUCUCCUUCAUUAAAGUCCCAUAUCAGUCUGUACCACAGUCUAGAACUUGAUUAUAUACUGUUGAUUAUUAUACUGUUUCCUGUAUGUAUAUGUUGCUUUCUCAUAGAGAAUGUUAGCCCUUUAGGAGGAGAGACAAUGUGUUUUUCUUCUUUUGCAUCAUAUUGACAUAGUUCUGAACCACAAGUUUUAAAUAAAAACUUCUUGAUUGAA